AAGACCACUUAUACGUGAACGGUCUAUGUUCUACAACAACUAUACAUUUACUUAUAGCUGUACCAAAAGGUAAACAAAUAUUAUUGUUUGAUUUGUUCAAAAUUGUACGCGGCUAUCCCGCUAUCAAGGGCACUAUUUUCAACAGUAAAUACUGCACAGGUGUUCAAGAAAACAUGGAUAACAUAAUCAUCAAAACGGAGAUAGAAGUAGAACAAUCGGACGAACAUCUACAAGAUCAUCAUGAUACAAGCGAUAAGUCUACGGUAGCCUCAGAUGAAAACGUUAAUAUUGAAAAACACGUUUCAGAUACAAGCACGGCGCCAAAACCGCCAAAGAAUCAGUUCCCAUGUCCAGUAUGUCAUCUUGAGUUUGAUACAACAGGAAAAAGGAAGCAUCAUAAAACAAUUGUCCAUGAGGAACCUCGGUACGAAUGUAAGGAUUGUGGUGAAAAAUUUCAUUACAUUGCAAGAUGGCGGAAUCACACAGUAACUCAUGAACCAGGAAGAAAAAGUAGAAGAACCUUAAAACCUAAGGUUCAGCCUCGCGAUAAUGGAUACGUCGGAAGGGUUGUACUCGAGGAUACCGUUACUAAUAUUAAAACGGAAAUUACUACAGAAGACACAGUACUGCAACCCCAGGAUCACCAGCUAAAGCCCAAAAAGAAUAGAAAUAAGCAGAAUGUCUCAUAUUCGUGUCCUAAUUGCGAUGAAGUGUUUUCUACGCUUUCGAAACUAUAUUAUCAUAAGAUACGACAUCAGGCACCAAAGUUUGAAUGUACUGAGUGCGGGAAAAAGUACCAUCAGAAAUAUAGUCUUCAAAUUCAUACGAAACACCAUGAAUGGAAAAGAGAAAUAGGUGAAAAGCCGAGAGUUAAUACGUUACUGUGCCCAGUAUGCAAGGAAACGUUCGAUACACCUGCGAAAAUGAAACAUCAUAAAUUAAUCGCACAUGGAGAGGCUCGGUAUGGAUGUAAGAUUUGUGGUACAAAAUUUUAUUACAGUGCCAAACUGAGAAGCCAUUUGGUACUUCAUGAUACAGGUAGAAAACCGAGAAAAAUGAAAAGAUUAAAACAACCAAACAAUGAAAACAAUAAAAAGGAUACACUUGAAGAUACUGUUAUUAAUAUCAAAACUGAAAUCGUAUUGGAGGACACAGUAUUGCAGCCGCAAGAACCCACGUUGGAUUCAGCAAGUAUAGGAGGCGUUCAAGUACCUUUUACAUGACCAUGUAAUCUCAACUUUUUCUACAAACUCAGGUAAGCAUUACGACGUGAAAUUGCCGGUGAUGAUUGGUAUUGAUAGUGAUGAUGAUUAGAAGCUGUCCAUAUACCGGUAUGUUUUUGAAAAUUUGAAUAAGUUGUCUACGCUGGGCUGAGGGAUGAUUUAAAACUGAACAAAACUUGCCCAUGUGCACAGGAAGAAAAACGGAUUUUCACGUGAAACUAAUAGCAAUUUUAUGAAACUUUGAAAACUUUUCAUAUAUGGAAUCUUUAACAUUUUUAAGGACCGAUAGACGCCCUCACACCGCAUUGAGCGAGUAAAAAACCACAGAACCACCAGAGCUUUAGAGUUUUAGGCAUAGGGCAAAAAAAUAAAACGUUACGUUUCGCAAUUGAUUAUGGUUUCUCUAGUGUUUUUAUUGAUGAGAAAGAAAAUUGAUUAACGAAAUUAUUUUCUGUCAAAUGUUGCCAGAUGUUUUCACUGUUUGAAUGAAGCUUAAUUGUACUGAGGGCACACUGUGAUAGAUGUUUAGGAGUGCUCUCACGCAUUUUAAUUCUGAAGUGCUGGUCUGGUAGGUUAUCGGAAGAACUUUGCGCGUUGAACCUGAUAUAGCCUUGCGAUUACCAAUAUCGCCUCGCCAUUCUCGAUGGAAACUCUGACUUUCAUAUAUUGAUACAUUCACAUAAUAAAAUGUAAAACAAGACGGUUAAGAAGAGACAUUGAACGCAUAUUUAUUUUUGUACGAAUCGAAAUACAUAUGAAUAUUAAUUCUGUA